GCACGAGGAACGCAGGCGCCAAUUUCCUCGCAAGCCCAAGAAGAAGCGCUCCUCUCGAGUCUCGACCCCGCUUAGCUGCUCGGAGAAGCCGCAAAAGAUGCUGCAGAGCAAAUCCUUCGUCAAGAAGACGAAGCAAGGCCGAGUCGUCAAGGUCGUAAGGGAGCACUACCUGAGGGACGAUAUCUACUGCGGCGCCCCGUCGUGCGCCGUGUGCGACGCCUCCGCCGCGCGCCUCAGCCCCUCCGCUUCCACCAUCGUCAUCGUCGACACCAACGUCGUCCUCAACCAGAUUGAUUUGUUGGAGAAUCCGGCGAUAGAAGAUGUCGUGGUGCUUUCCGUGGUGCUUGAAGAGGUCAAGAACAAGAACCUCGCUGUUUAUAAUAGGAUCAAGGCUCUCUGCACCAAUGCUGCAAGGAAGUUCUUUGUCUUCUCGAACGAAUACCACAGGGAUACGUACGUCAAAGAGAUGGUUGGGGAAAGCCCAAAUGAUCGGAACGACCGAGCAAUCCGAGUGGCUGCUCGUUGGUAUCAAAGUCACUUAGGUGGAAGGACAAAAGUUUUACUGAUUACAAACGAUAGAGAGAAUAAGCGGAAAGCUAUUGAGGAAGGUCUUUCUGCGGAGACAGUUGAAUCAUAUGUAAGAUCGCUUGCGCAGCCUGCUUUGCUCGACUUGGUUGUUCUACCAACCUCUCAAGAUGUAGGAAUGGAGGAAGUUGAAGAUAUUAGACCAUCCAAGAAGAAAAUAAUCUACAGCGAGCACAAACCUAUGUCAGAAAUCACUUCUGGUUUGCUUCAUGGAAUAUACCAUCAAGGAAAGCUUCGAGUUAAUCGCUACAACCCAUUUGAGGCUUAUGUGGGAAGUGAGAGUAUAGGUGAUGAAAUAGUCAUUUAUGGCCGUGCUAACAUGAAUAGGGCUUUUGAUGGAGACAUAGUUGCUGUUGAGCUCUUGCCCCAAGAUCAAUGGCACGAGGGGAAGUCCCUGAUUGCUGCCGACGAUGAGGAAGAUGAGGAAGAGGAUGUUCGUUUGGCUCCUAGUAGUGCUGAUGAUGCUCCCAGGAACACAAACUUGGUUCAAUCUACUCCUGCGUCUACUGCUUAUGUUUCAACUCGCCCUGUUGGACGUGUUGUUGGAAUCAUCAAGCGAAAUUGGAACUCCAGUUAUUGUGGGUCAUUGGAGCCAAUGCCUAUGCCUGCGGGUAAUGGUGGCGUCGCCCAUGCUUUAUUCAUCUCCAAAGAUCGGCGAAUACCUAAGAUACGAAUUCAAACUCGGCAGCUUGGGAAUCUUCUGGACAAAAGAAUCAUUGUUGCAGUUGAUUCAUGGGACUGUUUAUCUCGAUAUCCGUCAGGCCACUACGUGCGCACUAUAGGAGAGAUUGGUGACAGAGAUACUGAAACUGAGGUUGUUUUAAUCGAGAAUGACAUAAAUUCAAGACCUUUCUCUACACAAGUUCUUGCUUGCUUGCCGCCUUUACCGUGGACAUUAUCAGCUGAAGAUUUGUCUAGCUCUAGUAGACAGGACCUGCGGCAUCUUAGGGUCUUUAGUGUGGACCCUCCUGGUUGUAAAGAUAUUGAUGAUGCACUACAUUGCACACCUCUUCCGAAUGGAAAUUUUGAAGUUGGAGUUCAUAUUGCCGAUGUCACAAACUUCGUUCAUCCUGGCACCCCCCUCGAUGAGGAGGCUGCACAGAGGGGUACAUCUGUUUAUCUUGUUGAGCGGCGAAUUGACAUGCUCCCAAAACCUCUAACUGAAGACAUUUGUUCUCUUCGCUCUGAUGUUGAGAGGUUGGCAUUCUCUGUCAUAUGGGAAAUGACACCUGAUGCAGAAAUUAUAUCCACAAGAUAUACAAAGAGUGCCAUCAAGUCCUGUGCUGCAUUGUCUUAUGUUGAAGCUCAAGCAAGAAUGGACGAUAGUCGCUUGAUGGAUCCAUUAACUGUUGACCUACGGAAUUUGAAUUCAUUAGCAAAGAUUAUGAGACACAGGCGUAGUGAAAGAGGAGCGCUUACUCUUGCUUCAGCAGAAGUCAAAUUUCAAAUUGAUACUGAAACCCAUGAUCCUUUAGAUAUAGGGAUGUAUCAAAUUAGAGAGGCAAAUCAAAUGAUUGAGGAAUUUAUGCUGGCUGCCAAUGUUGCUGUUGCAGAAAAGAUCUUGAAACAUUUUCCAUUGGUCUCCUUACUAAGGCGGCAUCCCAGCCCCACCAAAGAGAUGCUUGAACCAUUAUUACGUACUGCAACUGCUGUCGGCCUGGAUUUGGAUGUAUCAUCUUCUAAAGCAUUAGCUGAUUCACUUGAUCGAGCAGUGAGUGAUGAUCCGUAUUUCAAUAAGCUGAUCAGGAUUCUGGCAACUAGAUGCAUGACCCAGGCAGUGUACUUCUGCAGUGGAGAUUUAAGCCCUUCUGAAUUUUACCAUUAUGGGCUUGCAGCACCUCUCUAUACUCAUUUUACUUCUCCUAUUCGCAGAUAUGCAGAUGUUAUUGUUCACAGAUUGCUAGCUGCUGCUCUAGGCAUUGCUAAGCUUCCACCAGUUUUUCAAGAUGGUCCACAACUUACGAGCGUUGCUGAUAACUUAAAUUAUCGCCACCGAAAUGCCCAAAUGGCAAGCCGAGCAUCGGUUGAGCUCCACACGCUUAUAUACUUCAGGAAAAGGCCAACUGGUACUGAAGCCAGGAUAGUGAAGGUUAAAGCAAAUGGCUUCAUAGUUUUCGUUCCCAAGUUUGGUAUAGAAGGACCAGUCUACCUGACACCGAGGGGCGAAAAGGGAGGUGAUUGGGUGGUUGACGAGGCGCAUCAGAGGGUAACAAAGGCUGGAACAAACAUCUCUUUUGGUGUCUUGCAGACCGUAAAGAUUCACAUGGAGGUGGUCGAGCCUCAGCCGAACCGCCCCAAGCUUGAGCUCACCCUUAUAUAGAAACGAUGUGAAAUUACUGCCCUUGCUUGUCUUUUAUUUAUGUUAUAUUUAUUUUUCUUCCACCGGAGCCUGCUUUUCAGCUUUGUUUUAGUGAAAAGUAUGAUUUUUCAAGGAAGAUGCUUGUGUCCAGAUGCCAAUAAUAUUAUUCUUAUAUAUUAUCUAUAUAAUGUUAAAUAGGUUGAGAUGUUAAGUGUGAUAUUAGUAAAUGGUUCUACAUAGAUGUGUUUAAAUUGGAUAAAUUCUAGAAAACUUUUUCUUUGGGAAACACCAUGGCGUUUGAGACAACUGAGCUGCAGGAGUGGCCGCGGGCGCAGCCCGAAUGUGCAUGAGAUAUGAACUUUUGGUACAAACGUUGUAAGCCACGCAACUUCUACAAACUUGUAAGCCAUCGUAAACUUGUUUUAUUGAUAUUAAUUAAUGUAUCCGAUGAGUUUUGAUUGAAUUA